GAAUUCACUUCGUUAUUAAUUCCUCUUGCAGCUGUUGUUCUAAUAGUUAGAACUAGUUUUCUAACAUUUUUCUUCUGGCUCGAUUUCGUUAGUUUUUAUUAAUUAUAUUUUCGAUAGAACUGAUUAGUUUAUUAAAACAUUGGCAGCUAAAGUGGAUAGUUGCUGAUAUAGUAGAUGGAAAUAUCAUUAAAAAAGAAAUAUAAACAAAUAAGUGUGCGUAUGUGUAGCAACAAACAUACACACACACACACACCUCUACUAUAAACAAACGAACGAAAGUUAUGCACAUUAUUAAUACAUUUUUUUAUUAACUGCUUGGAUUCUAAACAAAACAACAAAUAUUUCUUAAUAUCAGUCAAUACAGACUGAAACGGUUAAUGAACUUUAGGCCAAAAAAAUCUCUAGAAAGAAGAAAUCAUCGCUGUAACCUCUGAGUCUUUUGGUUUUUGCUAGUUUUUGUUAAUAACUUUUAGAAAAACAACAACCAAAACUAGAAUAGUGGAAAGUUAAAUGUUAUAAUAAUAGCCCUGCAAAAUUUGAAAAAUCCAAAAGGCAUUCAUCGUAAUAUUUUGGGUACAACUCUAGCUGUUGUUUAGGCUGCCGCUGCUACGUGCGAUUGCUUAACUCAGCAUUAUUAAUUAUACAAAGUGUUUUUUUAAACAAACAAUUUAUUUUUUAAAAUUAACAACAAUAACAAUUGCUCAAGUAAACAUUAAACAGACGAGUGUUAGAGCAACUUUAGAAUUUGCAGCACAAUUUGUAGUAUAUCAAAAAAACCAAUUUAAAGAAAUAUUUUAUUAAAAACAUGGCUUUUAAAACACCGGAUAUCAUAAUAUGCGGCUUCUUUCUUAUCACUUUACUCGUCAUACACUUCUUCUCCGAUGUUUUACGGUCUGCCUUGGGUGGCUAUGAUACGCAUAAAACCUUAUCCCAAUUGAUAGAGUCACAGUCCAAAGAUUAUUCUUGGAUAUUAAAACUAUUAGUGAAUUGUUUUGGUUAUAGUUGUGUUUUUGUACCUGGGUUUUUAAUUUAUAAAUAUGUUCAACGCACAAACUAUUUGGAUAAAAGCGACAAAUCCUAUAUACACAUGGCCGUUAGCAUGUGUAUUAACGGUAAUACUGGUAACGAGCCCGAUCGUGACGAACCAUCGGAAAAAACCCUCCUACCAAAUGAUCCAACGGCCACAAUCUUAAGUACACCUCCACCACCUCAAGCGGCUAUUGCGGCAACACCUAAACGUUCAAACUCACACGAAGCCAUGCUUCUGCUAUGGUGUUUUGGCGGUCUCAUGGUUUCCUAUCUAACAUGGGGCGUUUUACAGGAGAAAAUUAUGACGCAAGAAUAUUAUAAUUUUGAUGGUGAGACGUCUCACUUCAAGGAUUCACAAUUCUUAGUGUUUUCUAAUCGUAUUUUAGCCUUCAUAGUGGCUAUAAUAGUAUUACAAUACAAACGACCACCCACCCGUCAUAAGGCCCCGCUCUACAAAUACUCCUUUGCAUCAUUUUCAAAUAUAAUGAGCGCCUGGUUUCAAUAUGAAGCCUUGAAGUUUGUCAAUUUUCCUACACAAGUUUUGGCGAAAUCAUGUAAAAUUAUACCCGUCAUGUUGAUGGGCAAAAUUCUAUCGAAAAAUAAAUAUCAAUGUUAUGAAUACUUUACGGCUGUUCUAAUCUCCACUGGUAUGAUAUUUUUCAUGAUGGGUUCGGCAGAUAGUUCGAAGGCUAAUGGUGUAACCACUAUGACGGGUAUAUUUCUGCUGGCGAUGUACAUGGUAUUCGAUAGUUUUACCGCUAAUUGGCAGGGUGAUUUGUUUAAGGGAUACGGCAUGACUCCUUUACAAAUGAUGUGUGGGGUAAAUCUAUUUUCCACCAUAUUUACGGCAGCCUCUUUAAGUGUACAGGGAGGUUUUAUGGAUUCAUUACAAUUUGCAACGGAGCAUCCCAAAUUUGUAUUUGAUAUUGUUAUACUGUCUAUUAGUUCAGCAGUCGGUCAAUUGUUUAUAUUUUAUACCAUAUCUGUAUUUGGACCAGUUGUAUUUACCAUUAUUAUGACAUUAAGACAAGCUGCAGCUAUUUUACUUUCUUGUCUAAUUUAUCAUCACAGCAUUUCAGUGCUGGGCAUAUUUGGUGUUAUGGUAGUAUUCUUUGCCAUAUUUAUGAGGGUCUAUUGUAACCAACGCAUGAAGGCCAUGCGCAAGCGUGCUGAGGCUCAUAAGCCAAAAAUGGCGGUGUAGUAUUUGUUAUCGGAAUGUUGCGUUCGUAGCAAUAGAGUGGCUGAUUACAAGUAUUUAUUCGAAUAAACAAGAUUUAAAUUAUUCCUAAUUUAUAUUAUAAGCUUCUGGUAAGCAAAAUACCUU